AUGCCAUCUCCCGAAGCGCCUGAUUCGUUGAGUGCCACGACCUGUGAACAGUGUCGUGAACAGCAUCUACGAUGUGACCGCGUGUUGCCCGUGUGUGGGCGUUGUAUGUUGACGGGGAGAGAAUGCAAGAAGGGUUAUAAGUUUCGAGCGCCCAAGCAUGCCGUUUUCAAAGAGAGUCACAAGUGGCCAGCGCCGCCGAAGAAGCUCAAGUUCAUCGACGAGACGCGCGGGGUAGAGCUCGGGGAGACGAUAGACUUGGACGAACAGGCCGAAAACUCACCUCCAGAAGAUGAAGAAACGACAACCACUUCUCCAGGAACGGCAACUGUGGGAGACUCUACCGUCUCGGAGGAGAGGCAAAGACCGUCACUCCCCACGGAAAAGGCGGCGAGCUGGCCUCUUCCCGACGAGAGCCAUCAUGGCAGCAGUGACAUAGUCGACGAGCCCUUGUUGUCACAACGCGCAUCGCUGAGCACCCCGGGAGGCGACCAGCUCAGCCAAGACGACAGCCAUCGCGGGCAUUCCAACUCGAUCGACACGCUGCCGCCGCUAGAGUCUCUCGUACCGCCGACGGGAGGCAUCUACACAGAUCGCCCCAUCUGGCCGAUCCAAGGACGCCAGGAAGCUACUCUGUUCCGUCAUUACGUGGACAAGCUAGGAUUUUGGCUCGACGCGUGCGAUCCGACUAGGCACUUCGAGACCGAGGUACCACAGCGCUCCGGCUCAUGUCCCAUCCUGCUCAACGCCAUCUUCGCGCUGGCGGCACGGCAUCUCAGCCUGACGAGCGCGUACGACUCUCUCGCGUCGAACCGGUACCACGAGCAAUGCCUGAACUACCUGAUCCCGCUCCUGGACCACGCAGGAACGGUCUCUGACGAAAACUUGUUCGCGGCAACAAUCAUCCUUCGAGUGCUGGAAGAAAUCGACGUAAAUACGCUCGGCCAAGACACACACGGCCACCUCCUCGGAAUUCACGCCUUUGUCAACGCCGGAGACCGCUACCUUAUGCCGGGGACUCUGACUGCCGCCUGCUUCUGGGCGGGUCUGCGUCAGGAAAUCUAUAGCGCCGUCAUCAACCAGCAGGUGGUCAGGAUGAAUCUAAGUCAUGCCAUAGUCGACAGAUCGACCAGCCCGGGGGAUGACUUCGUCUGGGCGAAUCGUGCCAUUGUGCACUGCGCCGACGUCCUCAAUUUCUGCUUCGGGUCCGAGGCGGGGUCGGUUUUGCGAUGGGGCCAGCUGGAAAUGGCAAACAGAGAGUGGAAAAACGCACUGCCGGCUUCCUACACGCCCAUCUUCUUCCGGGAGAGGACAGAAGAGGAGGCUUUUCCCGAAGUAUGGUAUCAAAAAGCGUGCCAUAUCAUUGCUGUUCAGCAUCACAUUCUUGCCGAAAUGUACCUCGUCUUGUUCAACCCGAGUAUCCCACGAGUCGGCGGCACGCGUAAAGCAGCUGAGAAGCGCUUAACAGAGCAAAUACAAGCCCUGCUACGAAGUCUAUGUGGCAUUGGCAUGUGCAAUCAGUGGUCUCCGCCAGCAAUGUUCACGGCAUGUAUGGGAAUAGCUAUUGCCGGCGAUCGCUUCGACGACAAAAACGACCAGGAAGCCCUAUUGAACAUGCUCCAAAUCACCGAAAAGGCCCACGCGCGGCCCACGACGACGGUACGGGAUCAGCUGAUGCAGGCAUGGGGGUGGAUGGACGGGGAGGCGAUGAGCGAGGCAUGA